UGAGAUAUCGAAAUUCCGAACAGUGUACAUAAACCCCAGACAAUGGGCGAACCAUAAUGCCCAAAGUUUGAAUUUGUUAUCUGCAAUACUCUAGGUCUAGGGAACAAAGUACAGUUUGAAUGGAUUAUCUCCCCUAACUCGUUAUCCGAAUAAGAUGGAUUAUCUCCCCUAACUCGUUAUCCGAAUAAGAUAUCAAAAUUCCGAAUAGUGUACAUGAACCCCAGACAAUGGGCGAACCAAUCCCCAAAGUUUGAAUUUGAUAUCUGCAGUACUCUAGAUAUAACUAAGGAACAAAGUACGGUUUGAAUGGAUUAUCUCCCCUAACUCGUUAUCCGAAUAAGAUAUCAAAAUUCCGAAUAGUGCAUGCGCACCCCACACACCUGUCUGAUCAAUCCCCAAAGUUUGAACUUUCUAUCUCAAACGGUCUAGGAGGAGUUAACGGAAAUUACAAACGGACGCACGGACGGUCGGUGUCACAUAAUAAAAAAACGCAAAUUAAAACAGGUCCGCUGACUACGCGGUCUUUUCAAUUCAGAGGACUGUUACCGACUGAGGUGGGAAUGUAGAAUUAACGCCAAUUAACACCUGUAUAGAUUAAUUCUCAGUGCUGCGCCCGGCAAUACAAAAGGCUAUUGUUCUGGCAGCCAUCUUCUUGCCUUGUGUGUCAACAAGAAAAUUCAAAGUUGACCUGUUUUGUUUCUACCAAACAUAAGGCCAAACAAAAUAAUAGGUGUGGUUCCGGUUUCCCGACCUACCCUAAUUAAUCCCGCCGACCCUAAACAUUUUUGGAACAUGAAUCCGGACACAUGUAAUACCAACUGUACUUACCAACCGUAGAGAAAAAAAAAAGAAAAAAAAAAAAGUUUUUCCUACCUACCUUUUCCAUGAAAUAGGAACCACACCUAUUAUUUUGUUUGGCCUAAUAAUAUUACACAUUGUAAUGUAUAGCUGACAGUGAACUUAUAUAGACUCCAAAAUGUGUGUUUUUCCUGCAUCUAGGCUAUAGUGUUGUCAAUCGAUGUUAUUUUGCAAUCAGUCAUCGGUUGAUCACAACCAAUCGAUGAUCGAUUAUAAUCGGUUACAAACUGUUAUGAUGAAAGGUUCAGAAAUAGCAUUACUCUUGUGCUAUCCUACUUUUUAUAUGCCAUUUAUUAAGCUGUAUAAUCAACAUGUGCAUGGGACAUGUAUUACAGUUUGUUUUUUUAGUCAGUAACAAGUACAAUUUUCUAAACCAUCUCUGCGUCAUAAAUAUUCAUUUUCUAUUUCGAUUAAUCGAUUAUGGGGUUAUUGCAAUCGAUUAAUCGGUUCGAAACAGCUUCCGACCAAUCAUCGAGUAUACUCGUGAUCGUGACAUCACUAAUCUAGGCCAUACCAAUUUUAUUCGUUGUUUAACGGGCCGGCCACACUUCAAAAAUGGCAAUUGCGAAGAAAAAAAAGAAAAAAAUGUGUUUUUUUGUGUUUUUUUCCAGAUCCAAAUUUUUUUUUAAAUUUAGGCCACUUCAAUUUAAUUUCUUGGAUUACGGGCAAAUUUUUCGUUCUGAGCAGGCAGCAGAUAGGAAUCUAAAUAUUUUUUUUCUUUCAAAAAUGCAAAAAAGCAGGUAGUUAGGGCCCGUAAUCCAAAAAAUUAAAUUGAAGUGGCCUUAGGCCCUGUACUACAAUCUCGCUGAACUAAUUGACAAGGUCUCAAUAUAGGAUCAGAGUUUUGCACAGGAUAAAAUCGAUAUUGUCAAUAAGGAGUGUUAUAGUAUGUUUCUAUAUCCUCAAGUGCCUGUGAUGUUGACCUAAUACAAAAUGAAAAAAAAUGAAGUAAGAAAAUACCUGUAAUAUGUGCAUUAAAAUAUUUAGCUUUUUGACAUUUUUGAAAAUUAUUUAUGCAUUCUGUGAAUUUUGAAUUUUAUUUUUAUUUCUUUUGGAGCUCCCUCACUUCAUUUUUGUGUCACCUGAAAGGUGGCAUAUAGGGAUUACUUGUCCGUCGUCCGUCGUGUCGUCGGCGUACAGAAUGGGGUUUCCGUGCGAUAUCUCUUGAAGGGAUUAUCCAAUUUGAAUUAAACUUGGUGAGAAUGUUUAUUAUGCAAGACCCUAGCUCAAGUUCGCUAUUGGGGAAUUUCCGCGCAUAAUUAAUUAGCAUACUGCGAUCUGAUUGGUCGAUAUCCGUCGUCGGCGUACAAAAUAGGGUUUCCGUGCAAUAUCCUUUGAAGGGAUUAUCCAAUUUGUCUGCAUGCUUUGUAUUUGUUAAUUUAGGUAAUGGCAUGUCAUCAUAUCGACAACGCUGGAGAAAGUUGAGUGCUGCUGCCACAGCUGUUGCUCUAGAAAGUAGCAGUGGGGAAGAUGAGGAUGUGAAUGUACAAGAACCUGUGACUGAAAGGGGUACAUUUGACUCUAGUGACGAUGAGUCUACUUAUUCCAGCAAUGUAAUCAAUGAAGAAGAUUUUGGAUUUACAGAGACGGUCGUUUCAUCUGAUUCAGACAUUUCAGCUGCUGAACAUGAGUUUGCUGAAGAUAGGCCAUCAUUUCGAGCAGAAAUUGCCACUUGGCUAACUGAAAAUCAGUGUCGUAGAGCUGGGGCAGAUUCUCUGUUGGCAAUUUUGAGAAAAUCAGGACUUGAUCUGCCAAAAGAUUCAAGAAGUCUUCUUCAAACACCAAGAAGUGUCCCGACGGAGGAAAAAUGCGGGGGAACUUACACAUAUUUUGGGUUGGAAUCUUCGAUAGCUAAAGUGCUGGCCUCUGAAAAUGAAUGCACCAAGAAUCUUGAUCAGAUUAAUCUGUUAGUGAACAUUGAUGGUGUGCCAGUUUUUAAAUCUUCUGGAACUCAAUUCUGGCCAAUUCUCUGUUAUUUUGGAAGUUUUGAUCCCUUCUUGGUGGCACUUUUCUAUGGGAAGAGUAAACCAGAUUCUGUAACUGAUUUCUUGCAAGACUUCUUGAGUGAAUAUGAACAAUUGAGACAGAAUGGAAUUUUGAUUGGACAAAAAAAAUUGAAUGUAAAAAUCAAAGCGUUUAUUUGUGAUGCCCCUGCCAGAGCCUUUAUCAAGUGUAUCAAGGGACACACCGGUUAUUAUUCGUGCGAGAGAUGUACUGUUAGAGGUGAAUACAUAAACAACCGUGUUGUUUUCCUGGGAAAUGCUCCCCCUCGGACAGAUGAAGCCUUUUCAACUAGAGAGUAUAUCAAUCAUCAGAUUGCGGUUUCUCCCUUGCAGAAUUCAAGUGUGAACUGUGUUACAGAAUUUUGUUUGGAUUAUAUGCACUUAGUGUGUCUUGGAGCUGUAAAACGGAUUUUGUAUUUUCUCAAGCAAGGCCCACAUGAGUGUAGACUUUCCCACCGUCAAAUUAGUGACAUCUCUAGUGCACUUGUAUCGUUGUCUGGUAAAUUACCAUCUGAAUUUGCCCGCCAGCCAAGACCUCUCACCGAAAUUGAAAGGUGGAAGGCUACAGAAUUUAGACAGUUUUUGUUAUACACCGGACCUAUUGUUCUGAGAAAAGUACUUCAUGCUGAUGUGUAUAAACAUUUUCUCUCUCUAACAGUUGCCAUAUCUAUUUUGUUGGACAGCUGUGAUGAUAAACGAGAAGCCUACUUGAACUAUGCUGAGCAACUGUUAAUUUAUUUUGUCGACAAAGCUAGCGACAUUUACUCGAAAUCCUUUGUUGUCUACAACAUUCAUAACUUAAAACAUGUGGUAGAUGAUGCAAGGUACAUGAAAUGUUCCCUGAAUGAUAUAUGUGCCUUCCCAUUUGAGAACCACCUACAAGUGAUCAAGAGGCUAGUGAGAACUGCAAAGAAUCCGAUUGCACAGAUUGUGAAGAGACUUGGUGAAGUAGAGAAAACAGGGACCAAACAGCAGAAAAAAACACACACAAGCCUCAGCUUUGUCUCUGCAAACAAGCGAAAUGGAUGCUUGUUGCUACAAAAUGAUGAUUUUGCAUUUGUGAUUGAGAAAAGGGCUGACUCGAAAUUAGUGUGCGACAUCGUCAAACAGCGGAAUGUAGAUUCUUUUUUCACAGAACCCCUUGAUUCCAAAGUAUUGAACAUUGUGUAUGUGAAAAACUUUGACACUGUGCGAAAAACCAGACGCCUUGUAGAAGCAGAAGAUGUUGCCAGGAAAGUCGUGUGUCUACCGUAUCAUAGAGGACACAUACUGCUGCCUUUGCUGCAUGGCAUGGAACGGGCAACAUCAUGAAUGCAUAAUGUCGUGGGUACGAGCUAGCUGGCAAGAGAAAUGCCAAGAUGAGGAGGCGGUUAUUCCUGCAAGCUGGGUGAUUGGUAAAGUAGUUCACUGGCCGACGGUGACCAAUGCUGAGAAAGCCAUGAAGGAAGGAAGAAGGCCAGAUGAUGGAAAGUCCAAGUGGUCCACUUAUCCGCUGAUUAAGGAAAAAAUAAAAUCAAAAAACAAAAAAGAAUGUGAGGAAUAUGAUUUCACAACAACAGUAGAGACUGAAGAUGAUGAGCAGCCGGGCGAUGUCAAGAGGCUGAGAAAGAAAAAACUAUAUUCUGACUAUGUUGUUGGACAAGAUGAAGCUUCAAGUUCUAAAGAACCAGAUGAUCCCGAGCCAGGCGAUAAAGCAACCGAAAAGGAUCAACAGUCAAGAAAUACCCUCCUCCCACCACCACCGGAGAAGUUUCAGCAAAGGCAGUCCAACGUCUCCUCGCAUCCACCAGGCGGGCGGUCGGAAUCCCUCUCGCCUCCACCAGGCGGGCGGUCGGAAUCCCUCUCGCCUAGAGCAGAAAGCGGACCAACGUCUCGCCUCCACAUCGCAACAGGCGAUUUCUACAUUGACUGCACUCACGUAGCGAUACGUGCCCCAGCUGAAGAGGAGCAUGUAUACGUCAAUAGGAAGCGCUUCCACUCCAUCAAUGCGCAAGCCGUAUGUGAUGCCAACAUGACGAUAACUGAUGUCGUUUGUCGGUGGCCAGGCAGCACGCACGACAGUUUCAUUCUGUCACAAUCAGGCCUUGGCAGAAAAUUUGAGAACGGAGAACUUGGUGAAGGAUGGAUGCUAGGCGAUAGUGGAUACCCACUGAAGGGAUGGCUGAUGACACCAAUCAACAAUCCCAACACGGCAGCUGAAGAGCGAUAUAACAGGUACACGAUAAUCUGUUAAAAAUAUAACAGGCCUCAACGCUUAUUUUCAGAUCUGGUUGUCCUGUCGGGCAACAAGAAGCAAUU